UGCAUAUGGUUCCUGUCCAAGGCAUUACUUUCUCCCCCGGCUCAAAGCAGAAACUGAGACUGAGGACUGAGACGGCAUGUCAGAGACUGGGAGAGAGAGGCUCAGACAUGCCCUGCCUUCAUGAACCAUGCAGCCGUAGUCUUCUUUCUUUUAAAACUCUAACCUUCCCAAACCAUGCAGCUUGACUUUUUUUUUUACCUUUAGUCGUAGUCCUUUUUUGCUUUUGUUAACUCCUAAGUUGUCUUUUUAGUCCCUUCUUCUUCUCUUUCUCCCGCUUCUUCUUCUCAUCACUACUAAGUUGUCUUUUUAGUUCCUUCUUAGCCCCUUCUCCUUUCUUCUUCUUCUUCUUCUUCUUCUUCUUCUUCUUCUUCUUCUUCUUCUCAGAGAUGCACACAGGGAGCAAUGACUAGCGUGGAUUAUUAGAACUCAGCAGGAGCUUCCAGAUGUUUGUGGUUCGUCCGAAAAGACAGUGAAAAGUGACGGAGCAGCACCGAAAAAACAGUGGAAGGGGAAUACAAGAGUUUCUUGAAUACAGGAGAGGAGGAGGCAUUGUUGUUGUCUGUGGGUGACCAGCAUUCGGGACAUCCUGCACCUUACUGAUGCUCUUGAACGAUCGAGAAGAGAAGCGGAAGGGAGGGAGCGCAUUUGACUGAAGGGGAAGAAAGGACCUGGACCAAUCAAUCAAUCCUCGGGAUCCUAAUCUAACAUCUGUAAGGGACACGUCUCCUGGAAGAAAGGCAAGCCCUCGUCCCUGUCAACUGUCAACUGUGUCCUCUUGAGGCGCCUACUUACAAUUUUAUGGGUGUUCACCUUUGACUUUCUUUUCUCCUGAGAGAACUAAUAAUACAGUGAAAUUGACUGUGUCCUUCUGAGGUUGAUGCUCCUAGUUCUACUGAUGACUUCCUAAACAUCCUCCUUUGACUUUGUAUUUUCUCCUGGGAGACCCAAUAUAGUCACAUUAGUAGCAUUGACUGUGUCCUUCAGAGACUGAUGCUCCUAGUUCUACUCAUGACUUCAUACGCAUCCUCCUCUGACUUUGUUUUCUCCUGAGGGACCUUAUAAAAUAACAGUCUACUGGACAGAAUCCUCAAGCAACGUCCUUCUGAGGAAUCACUAACCUCAUGAACAUCCUCCUUUGCUCAUCCUCUGUUUUUUUUCUCCUGAGAGACUUCAUACAGUCAACUUAGGAAGCAUCGACUGUGUCCUUCUGAGGCUGCUACAGUACGUACAACUUCAUAAGCGUUCUCCUUUUCCACCUCAGCCACCGCCGCCUAGAGUGACCAUCCGCUCACCUUUGGAGCAUCCUUUGCAUGGAGGGGGGGUCACGCUGGAACUAAAGAACAAUAGGACUAAAGCAUACUAACAAGGAUACGUAACAUAACGGAGGCAUCAUGAAAGAGAGCUAUUGCGGCUACGAGAACCAACUCUUCAAAGAGGAGGACCUGACUGGAGAGGAGGAGGAGAUCCCGCCCUUCAGAGGGAGGACGCGUGGAGGCUGUGUGAAGUGUCAACAGACGCAGUCGGUGCAGCUGGCGGUGAAGGUCCUCUACGGCUUCUUCGCAUUCCUGAUCAUUAUUGUGGCUGUCCUGGCAUCCCUCGUAUUCAGGAGAGUUGACGGCUUAUCUGAAGAGGAAACGUUUUAUCAGAAGAAGAUUACUAAAGUCCAGGCGAGCAUACAAGACCUGGGUGCCGCCAACAACUGCUCCGAGUGCUUCAACCUGGCCCACUUCCGGGAGGAGGUCAUUAAGCUGAAGAAGGAGUUUGAGGACAUCCAGCGCAUGGUGCUCACCCAGGAGCAGAGCCUGGACCAGACCUCGCAGACCCAGCUGGCCCUCACCCAGACCAGCAAGCGCAUGCUGCGGGAGGUGCAGAGCUACGCCAUCACCAUGAAGCGCAUCAACCAGUCACUGGACCAGUACCUGGGACAGGUGAACGGUUGGCAGGUGGUGAUCAACGAGACAGACCAAGGCAUGAAGACAUUGCUGCAGGACCAGUUUGACGUGCGGGCGGCCGUGCAGAAUAUCAACACCACAGUGUCGCUGAGCUCCGACUGGAUAGGGGCGCUGCAGCGCAAGGCGGACGAGGAGACGCUGGUGCUGCAGAAGAUGACGACGGAGUGGCAGAACUACAGCCGCGUGCUCACUGCCCUCAAGUCCAACUCCAGCGCCACCACGGCAACCAUGCGCAGCAUCCAGAGCGGCAUCUCGGCCACACACCAGCGCAUCAGCAUGAGCUCUGAGAUGGUGCACGACCUGACGCUACAGGUGAUGAACCUGCAGAUGCAGCUGGACAACGUCUCCUCCUUCAUGGACGAGCACGAGGAGAACAUGCAUGACCACCGCUACCACUCACUCUACUACGAGAACCGCACCGCCGACCGCUUCGGCACACUGGACACGCGUGUAGCCACGCUGGAGGCGGAGAUCGAGACCAUCGCCACCAGCAUCAACGCCACCGUCGGACACGUGCAGGGCAUGUACAAGUACAUCGAUCAGGAGAGCCGGUCGUGCCGCACCCGGCUCGGCGGCCACACGGAGAACCUGCAGGAGCUCAACACCACGGUGCUGGUGCUGUCGGACCUGGUGGACUCGCUGCGCACGCGCUACAUGCUGAUGAGCGUGCAGCUGGACCUGGACGUCCGGAACAUCUCCAUGGUGAUGGAGGAGAUGAAGCUGGUGGACACGCACCAUGCCGAGGUGUUGCAGAACUUCACCAUUCUCAGAGGUGCUCCAGGUAAACCGGGCCCGAAGGGGAACCGAGGGGACACCGGUACCAAGGGAUCUAUCGGCAAGCCUGGGUUCAAAGGCGACCCCGGGGGCCCUGGCAUCCCCGGUCCCAUGGGGCCCAAGGGCUUCAACGGGCCAAAGGGGGCGACGGGCGAACCGGGACCCACAGGGGUCAGAGGGAACUCCGGGGUCAAGGGCGCCAAGGGAUCGCUGGGGCAACCGGGGCCACGGGGCGAGAGGGGUCAGAAGGGAGACAUGGGGGUGAUCGGGAAGGACGGGCUCACGGGUCCGAUGGGUCCGCCGGGGAUACAGGGGCAGUCGGGCUUACCUGGGCUACACGGCAUACCUGGUCCGAGGGGCAAACCCGGGCCUGUGGGUCCACCUGGGCCGCCCGGAACACCUGGCCCGCCCGGCCUGCCUGGGUCUCAUGCCGCCGCCACCACGUCCUGAACCCGCCCCGCCCAGUCACAGGCCAAUCAGGAUAUCUCCAUGGGGAUGCACUGACUGCUGAUUGGACAAAGGAAGAAUGUGUGACAAUGUGGUACCAAGGAACCAAGAACCCCUCUAUAAUGAUUUCCAGAUUUCCAGGAUCAUACCCUCAUGGUCUGACUUUGAGAUUGGGUCAUGUCCCCUUUUUGAUAGGAUUGUACCGUAUGACCUCCUCGUCUGACUUUGGGAUGUGAUCAUAUUCCCUUCUCGUCUCACUUUGGGAUGGGACCAUUACCUACCUGGUUUAACUUUGGGAUAGGAUCGUAUGCUCCUGGUUUAACUUUGAGAUAGGACAAUAUGGGCCCCUCUCAUUUGCUUUCCCGGUUCAAUGUAGAGCAGAACCAUGCACUUCUAAGCCUGAAAAACUCAUAAAGCCAAGGCUUAUGUGCAUAACAUUGCACGCAAAAUUGGAAAGGACUAGUAGGCUGGGCCUGUACACAUUUCUGCAGUCUCGAGGGCCUGGUUAACUGUGCUGGAAACGGCUGGAAAUGUGCUUGCUGUGCAUGGAUGAGUGGGCGAUUUAUGUCUCUGGUACUGGAUGAGUGGCCAGUUAUGUUCCUAGUAAUCGGAGCGAGGAAGAAACCGAGUGUUUACGGCAGCCCGGAGAGUGUUGAUAUGAGUGCAUACUCUCAGAGAGAAGGGUGUGCUGUGCUCUGUUGAGUUUAUGAGCAGAUUUUUUUUUUUUGAGGGGGUUCAGUUCUGAUGGCACUUUAAUGCUUUUGAUCAAGUGAGAUGAUGUUGUAAUCCUGUUGUUUAACUUUCUGAGAAGAAGACAGAAGUUCAGAGCGGGUACUCUGAAUGAAAAUAACAGAUUCGAAAAGGAAAAGCUCAAAAAAUGUGAUGGUGCCUUUUUCGGUGGACAUUUUGUGAUUUUCUGCAGAAUAUGUUACAUGACUUCAGUACAGAACAGAAUGAAAACGGACAAAGUCUAAUAACCUGGCACCAAAUUAGACUCCAAUAGUGAACUGUCUUAAAACAAUGUAUUUUGAGACCAUAAUGACCAUUCAUCAAGAGGGAUGAUCUGGGCUGCAUUUAAAAAAAAAAAAACCUUCUUAAGCAGUACUUAAGCCCAACUACCUACUUUAGUAUGAGGUGUCCCUUUGGCUAUAUAUCAGAAAUAGGUCUCACAUCGUCACUAAAAGUUCAUGCAUACACUAUAUGACUCACACAGGCACUUUGAGCAGGCAUGUUAUUUGCAUGUUCAAGAAAAAAAUUCUAUGUAGGCCUCAUACUGAAGUACUAGGCAUAAGUACUACUUAAAUGUUUUUGGGAAUCACAGCCAUGAUUGAGAAGGCUUACAAUCCAAAAUGCUCUAUAUCGCAAAUCUAAAUCUGUGUUUUGUGUAUAGUGUACGUGAACUUAUUUUUUUUAUUUUUAAAAAAAUAUAGGCUACCUGUCCUAAAUCUUUCAACAUGUGACAAAAGCUAUGUUCAGUAUUGUUUUAUAAAUGUUUUUUAUACAUUGUAUUCUCCUUGCACAUAAUCUGUUUUAUGGUACAUUAAUUCACCUUAUAACAAUUUACUAUUGCAGUGCAAUUGAAAAUAAUAAAAAAAGAUCAAUCUGCCAAACAUUUGGUUCUCCAUCUGGUUAGCGUUGUACUAAAUCUUGUUUGAUAAUGUGUGUGUUUUCCAGAUGUACACAAACAUUCAAGUGCUGUAUCACACUGAUUAAAGCUUUAACCCAGGAAACAAUAUUGAAAGCUUCAGUUAAAUGUUAUUUUCUCCUCUUCUCUUAACUUGUACAACUGGUUUUAGAUUGUUGUACUUUUCCCGUCUUCAUUGUUUUGCAAAAACACAGCCUGUAGUCAACAGCGUUGGCUGAACAAGUUGGAAGAGAAUUAUUUUUAGAUGUGCUUUCAACAUGUUUAAUCCCAUUGUAGAUGUACUUAAUAUAUUUCAUCUGA